AUGCCAACCGGAGGCUGCCUUUGCGGCCAACUCAAAUACGAGUAUAGCGGCGAGCCUGUCAUGAAGGCGAUAUGCCACUGCAUAACUUGUCGACACGUCAGUGGCAGCGUAUUCACGACCAAUAUUAUUGUCCCAGAGGGGAAUUUCAAGGUCACAGCUGGGACACCCAAAACAUACGUGACGACUCAAGAGAGUAGAAUGACUUCAAUAUAUUCUUCUGAGCGAAUC